CUUCCGGUGUGGUCUUCCGGUGGCUGCCUAGCAAAUGCAACUUUCUGCCAGUAGAUGCUGAGCUUAGCGGGCUAACCAGCAUCCUGCGGACUUAACCAUGAACAUUCUCCCCAAGAAGAGCUGGCACGUUCGCAACAAGGACAAUGUUGCCCGGGUGAGGAGAGAUGAAGCUCAGGCAGCCGCGGAGGAGCGAGAGGCCAAGCGGAGAGUGGAGCGUGCCGAGCAAGAGGCACGCACCGAGUUUCUGCGAAGGAAAGCCCGAGCGGCUCUACAGUCGGAAGCAGGAGGAAGCCAGGAGGUGAAAGAUGAGGAACGCGGCGGAGCCUUGGAGCAUCUCAACCUCUUCCCCCUCGAGGAGUCUGUGGAGAAAAAGGACAAUGAGGAGUAUCUCAAAGAAAAGAAAGAGGAGAAGGAGAAACAGGAGCGCGCCAUCGGCUUACUGGUGUCUCUCGGGCCCCAACCGGGCACCGAGGUCACGCCUUGGUACAUGAAAACUGGCCAAGAGAAGGAGAAGGAGGAGGAGAAAAAGAAAGAAAAGGAGAAGCCCGGCGAGAAGAGGAAGGAGUUUAGCGAGGAGGAGCGGGAGAAGAAGGAUCGGCGGCUGAAGGACAGUUUGGACCCAUUGAGGGAGAUGAAGAAAGCUUUGGGCCAGACGCCCACGAAGACGCACAAGAGCAAGAAAAAAGACAAGCGUGACAGAGGGGAAAAGCACAGCCGUGGGGAAAGCUCAAUCGAGAGACUCCGUGCAGAGCGUUUGCAGCGUGAGGCGGAGGAACGGCGGCGGGCCCAGGAGCUGCUGGCUCAACGGAAUGGCAAGGACAAGGAGUCGGGCAAGGAAGUGAAUGAGCGAGACCGGCCCUACAACAGCGCCUACUUCCCGGAGCUGGCCCGCAAGCGGCAACGGCGCGACAGAGACAGCUGGAGGGACGAGAUUCUAAAAUUAUGAACUUUGGGUUUGUUCCCAGAAAAAUGGCGGGCCGCGUUUGACGCGCAACAAGCGAUGUAAAUAUUUUGUUCAUUCGAAGGAAAAGUGUCCGAAUCAGUUUUAACAAAUGAUUUUCAUGUCGUAUGCGAGAAACCAGUGACUUGUGAGUUGCCUCAUUUGUUAUUGUGUGACCUUCAUUUCUUGGAUCAGUAGUCAAACGCAUAAAUAUUGAAAUAAGGACAUUUGAAGAAGCUGCUGUAGGCCACGACUUGCAUCCAGGCGCUCACACUGAACGAGCUGGACAAACCGACUCCAGCUCGUGUCACUCAUUAGGCCACACCCCUUCAAGGCACAGACGGGAUUCAUGACUUUUCCAUUCACUUCAGAGGGGGAAUGUGGAGAUGUGAUUGAUUGAAUUAAAUUCGCAAGUCAGGCU